CACUCAAGUCAUCUUAAAGAGAUACUCUGUUCAGAAGUGACAGUGUUGGAUCGCCACCGGAGAGCCUUCACUUACUUUGCCUUAGUAUUGUACCUAUGAGAAAAAGGAGCUAAGGGAAAUUCCUUUGUUAAAAUCAAAUUAAAUAUGAGAAGGAACCGGAGGCCUGUAGUGAGGGAGCACCAGCACUGUGAGAGAUGCUUCAGAUUAAACUGUAAAGCACCCAUUGAGAUCCCCGUGUCCUGUAUGGUCAUCAGCUGCCGCCUGCUGUGUGGUGCCACUUUUCACAUGUGUAAGGAGGAGGAGCACCGCCUGCUGUGUCCCAAAGAGACGGUGUCCUGCCUCAACGCGGCCUACGGCUGCCCCGCCACCAUGCUCCGAUCACAGUUAGCCCAGCACCUGAAGGUGUGUCCUGCCAGUGUUAUUAGCUGCUCCAUGGACUGGAACCGCUGGCCUAUUGCGGAUACAGAUGGUAUGUUUUACAAGAAUGCCGUUAAAGAACCAUUCUCCGAUGAGCACCUAGACCUCUGCAUGGCCCUAAGAGACCAAAAGCUGGUGUGUAAUAAACUCAAAGUGAAAGCAUUUUUCCCUGAGUUGAUGGAGGACGUUGAAGAAGCUGAGGACUCCGCAGAAGGUGCGAUGGGCGGUGUUGAUCCUACAGAUGAUGAAAGCACCACGUGGAUUUCUGACUGCAGCAGCGCAAUGUCAGACAUGCAAGAGCUCAUGGCUAAGAAUAAAGACGGGCUGGAUAUCAGGAAUCACGAGCUGGCAGAGAAAAUGUUCAGUAAGGAGAAGGGUGGCUGCAUGCAAGCGGCCAAAGCCAAGGUCGAUGGCCAAACACCUGCCAAUCAACAAAAAACACAGGGAAGCAGUAGCCAUCAACAGGCUGAAGAAACGUGCCGGGACAAAAAUGAACCAGAAACAGAAACUACAGAUGCUACGCAUAUUGGAUUUGCCCCUUGGGAUGAAGGGGUCCUGGAGAGGCUAGGAAAAGAGGUAAAUCCAAGAGAAUAUAAUAUGUAUAUUGUGCAUCAUGGACGUAUGUUAAUCCGAUUUGGCCAGAUGUCUGCUUGCACCCCUAGAGAGAGAGAUUUUGUUUAUGGCAGCCUUGAACCCAUACCUGUUCAAACCCUUAGAUCCUUCAAAGUUCCCACCAGUUACAAGGAGAAACGUAUCCAUCUGAAAGAUCCUGCUGUGAGAGCAAAGACUGAGGACAAAAGUGUGGACACAGCAGAUUUGGGAUUUUCUGAAGAAGACAUUCCGAUAAUGGAUGAACUCCAAAUGACGUUAUUGUGCUCCACAGAGAAAGAACUUAGAGGUCAUAAAAUAUGUGAAACUGUGGUGACGGAUGGUCUUUUUGUGGACUUUGCUACGCAAACCUAUCACUUCCAGUCUGCUCCGUUUAAGCGGAAUGCCUAUCUAGCAGAUAUCAUUCCUGAUAAGACUUUGAACCUCCAUGUUCAGAUUCAAACUGACGGUGUGACCGGCAGACACAACAGAACCAACUCCGCCUUCACCUUCCUCUGCAAUCACACUUUCCGGCGGGACGAAUUCUCUUCGCAUUUCAAAAACGUGCACGUAGACAUUCAGUCCUGUUUAAACGGCUGGUUUGAGGAGCGAUGCCCCUUAGCUUACCUUGGCUGCACCUACAGUCAGAAGAGGUUUCAGCCCUCUACACAAAGGGCUACCGUGUCAUACAAUGUGGAGCUCAGUACCUUAUCCUUGAGACCAGAGGUCCCCCCUUCGCUCUCUCAGGGCGUGAAAGCAGGUCUACCUGACAGGAAACGCGAACGCAAUACGGAUGUGCUUAGCCGACUGCCUUUUGAAAUCCUGUUGCACAUUGCUCGCUUCCUCGAUAGCUUCAGCUUGUCUCAGCUGGCUCUUGUUUCUCAGACGAUGCGAGAAAUGUGUGCAACCCUGCUAAAGGAUCGAGGCAUGGUCUCCCUGAAGUGGAAAAAGAAGACUUACGCCCAUGGAGGAUCUCGCUGGAAGUCCCAAAAGGUGUGGCAGUUCAGCAACCUCUUCUCCACGGUGGAUAAAUGGAGUUUCGCUGAGACUCUGUCCAUGUCGGAGCAUCUAAAGCGCUGCUCUUUCUACCAGACUGAGAGGAAGACUGAACCUGUGGCCCUGAUCCAGAUGUGUGACAAGAAAAUGAAGAGAUGAGCUUCUCAAUCUGAUUGUGUGGUCGAGCCUUAUUGAUGUUGCUGAGAUAUACUGUAUAUAACACUGUUACCACACUUGACCCUUUUUAAAGAAUGAGGCUUUACUUUAAUAUUUUCGGUUCAGCCCAGGCCAACUUAAAUAAAUAUUACACACAGAUCUAAGACACACAGAUUUAAAAUUUCAUAUAUUUACAGCCAGCAUAAAAAUUGGAAUAAAUAAGUAUAUCUGUACUAUUGCGAAUCUUUUUGAGCAUCUAAAAAAAUCUGACAUGGGAAAUCAGCGAUUGAUAUCUUAUUACACAUAAAGAGUUACAAAGCUAUUUUGGGAUAGUGAAUACAUUGAUCAGCCGUAACAUUAAAAGCACUGACAGGUAAAGAAAAUAACAUUGAUUACAGAUGCUCCUCUAAUUAUGAACGAGAUAUGUUCUGAAUGGCUGUUUGUAACUUUAAAUGUUCGUAAGUUGUCAUUCAACAUCAUUUUAAGGGUAUGCACAAGUACAAAGAACUAGGCUGCUGGGAGUACGUACGCUCCACUGCUGCGCGGCGGGAGUAGCGGCCAGGAGUCGUACUAAACGAAAGAAAAAAAAGAUCACAAACAGGAAACAGGAGCCCAAUGAACACAAUUUGGACUUACAGUCCUCUUCGUUCGUAUGUCUGAAAGUUCGUAAAUUGAAAGUCCGUAAGUAGAGGAGCGUCUGUACUUCAUUAGCCAUUAUAUAUUACACCAUAGCCUCCUAAGAAAAUCAUUCAUGCAUCCAUUCAUCUUCUAGCUGCUUAUCUAGUGCAGGGCGGCUCAAGGUGUCACAAGGCAGGGAUGAGUGCAUUGCAGUGCACACACACAGUCAUAAAGUACAUGUCCAAUAGACAGCGGAAGGGGAACCACAUGACACAGGGCACGUGAAGUGCAGGAGCCCAAGUCAAACAUCCAUCCAUCCAUCCAUCCAUCCAUCCAUCCAUCCAUCCAUUCAUGCAUGUGACAUCUUCAAGUCACAUGGGGCCCUGAAGCCAAUUGCAGGCAGCGCAGGGCAUGUGACUGGGCUACAUCCUGGUGAACAGGGCCAGUGUUUUAGUGAAAUAAAAAAUGAAUUCUGAAAAUCCUGAGAAUAAUCUAGAAAAAACUGAAAUUUGACUAUAUAGUGGCAACAAUACUGAUUAGAAUGCCUUGAGGUCCAAUCUUAACUCAAAUGGCUUUAAAUAUUAUUUUUAUUGGCCAUAUAUGUCCAUCCAUACUUCUACAAUCUAAGUGCCUGAUGACUAUUUUUCUGCCUUCAUAAAAUGUGGCAUAGAAAUUGUGCACAUGGAAUUAUACAGAAAAUAUUAGAGCUGCAACCUGAACCGUGCCUUAGGCGGGAUGUGUCACACUAUCCUGUUUGCCUGCAAGCUCUAUUUAUAUCACCGUUUCACCCUAUUUUGAAGGUUGCGCAAACUCUGGGCGGUCAAACUAAUAGCAAUAGAAGAGCUGACAUGUCUCAUUAACUCGGCGGUAAGGAUAUCUUUUUGUCAAAGAUCAAACGACUUCACCCGAGUUCCAUUUCGCUAUCACGCCUGCUGUCGUGUCACUUGUUAUUUUAAAAAUGCUGUUAAGUAUUCUUCAAAAAUUAGAAUUUGGUUGUGUGUUGUGUGUUACGUCUGGACAGCUUACGUGGUGCAGGAGUUCGGUCAAAGCUGAAGUGGUCUGCUUAUAUUAUUGUUUUUGCAUGUGAGGAUUUGCUUCCUCUUGUACGAUUCAUUUGUAACAAUCUAGCACUGACAUUUGACGUGGCUUAGCAUGGCUUUAAUUAAAUGCAAGAAAACCUGCAUGAUCUCUUUUGUUUCUCUGCAAAUUGUUUUUCUUUGUAAUUCUGCCAUCUACGGGAAAAUAUCACUUUAACCUACUAUAUCACUAUAUGAUGAAUUAUAGAGAUAAAUUAUACUUCUAUUCUAUGUCAGCUUGCAGGUAAAUUCCUAUUAAUCUUUUAUCAGUAUCCACAUGAAAUAAACAUAUAUGUGGGUGAGAA